AUACUUACGACCCGGACAACGAGGAGAACAACUUCCAUCUGCCUGACCACCUUCAGCGACGACUUCAGCUGAAGCAUUUCCGCCAGGUCUGCUCGGAAGUGAUACCAAGUUCGCUGUACAUCGCCAGCUAUCAGGUGGCAUGUGACGAGGAGGCACUUCACAUGUGCGGCAUAACCCACAUCGUCAACACGGCGGCCGACAUAUGUGACAGCUGCUUUCCCGACAAGUUUCAAUAUAUCACCUAUUACCUCAAGGAUGCGAACAGCGAAGACAUCUCGAGUCUGUUGUACAGAACACUGGAGUGGAUGUACGAGGCCAUUGGCAAAGGUGGACGUGUGUUGGUUCACUGCCGAGAGGGUGUGAGCAGGUCAGCUACCUUCGUCAUUGCUUACCUCAUGUGGUGGUUCAAUCUUUCCUUCGAAGCGGCUCAUGAGCGCAUCAGACAAGUGCGACCCAUCUGCAACCCAAACACAGGCUUCACCUGUCAGUUGUUGCAGCUGGCGAAGCGGCUGUCCAGCAGCCCCGGAGGGGCUGCGCCCAUCAUGUCCGACAGGGCCUCGCUCUUCCGCGUCGCGCCAUACCAUCCCAAGGAGCCCUUUCUGCUCCUCGUGCCAGCGGAGCGCCAGCCAGGACCAACAAAGUUUGAUCCUCGCUUCGGUUGGGUGGCGCACGCUGGUCUUCAGUUCAUUCUGUGGAUGGGUGCCGAGGUCCACGAUCCCCAGCUCGUUAGGCAAACCGUCGAGGCCCACAAGCGCCGCGUGGAAUUCUUUGAGAAGUGCCAGUGCAGUCUUCUUGUCAUGCAACAGGGCGAAGAUGCGCAGCAGCUGUGGCAGCUGCUCGGGGAGGCUCCACCCAGCAGAUCAGAAGUCGCGACACAUCGGCCCGAGUUCGAUGCGGACCAUGAGAUCAUGGUGAGCACGCAUGGGAGGGGUGGAGCUGCAGGCACUUCCUUUCCAUCCCCCGCUGCAGCACCCGGCAGCACUGUCCAGCGAGAGGAUGGUCGGUCUGCCAAUCCUGCCUGGGAAGCGUCCGGUGCCGGACGUCCUCCACCGAUAUUGGCUGUCGGUAGAUGA